AGAAGGUAUUAACAGCUGCAAGUAAGCCUUAUAAAAUGAAGAAGAAAAACACGCCUUUGACCUUGUAAACCCCGUCAUCUUCAAAGUCACCUCUGAACAACUCCAUUGCCAAACCUCUCUAAUCUUUCCUCCAUUUACACGAUUACACACAAACCCAUUCCCAAUUUCCCAUUUUUCUUUAGCUUCUUUCUGAUUCUUUGAUUCUUGAAAUUCUCAAGAACCGAUUCUGUGUUUGGAGUUGUAAAAGAGAAUUGAAUUUUUCUUGGGGGCUUUAAUGGCGGAUUUAGUGAAGCAGAUCUUGGCGAAGCCGAUCCAGUUGGCGGACCAGGUGACCAAGACGGCUGACGAGGCAAGUUCGUUCAAGCAAGAGUGCGCGGACAUAAAGUCGAAGACGGAGAAGCUGGCGGCGCUGUUACGCCAGGCGGCGCGUGCGAGCAACGAGCUCUACGAGCGGCCCACGCGGCGGAUAAUCGACGACACGGAGCAGGUUCUGGAGAAGGCUCUGGCGUUGGUGCUCAAGUGCCGCGCGCACGGCGUGGUGAAGCGCGUGUUUACGCUCAUCCCCUCCGCCGCCUUCAGGAAAAUGCAAUCGCAUUUGGAUAAUUCCAUCGGCGACGUGUCGUGGCUCCUCCGCGUCUCCGCCUCGGCCGACGACCGCGCCGACGAGUACCUCGGCCUGCCUCCCAUCGCCGCCAACGAGCCGAUUCUGUGCCUAAUAUGGGAACAAAUCGCCAUCCUCUUCACCGGCUCCCUGGACGACGCCUCCGACGCCGCGGCCUCGCUGGUUUCGCUGGCGCGCGAUAAUGAUCGCUACGGGAAAUUGAUCAUCGAGGAAGGCGGGGUGGGGCCACUCUUAAAGCUCUUGAAGGAAGGCAAGCCGGAAGGCCAAGAAAACGCGGCGAGAGCCAUCGGGCUACUCGGCCGCGACGAGGAAAGCGUGGAACAAAUGAUCGUGGCCGGUGCCUGCCAGGUGUUUGCGAAAAUUCUCAAAGAAGGUCCGAUGAAAGUACAGGCGGUUGUGGCCUGGGCUGUUUCUGAGCUUGCUUCUCAUUACCCAAAAUCCCAAGACCUUUUCGCCCAAAACAAUGUAAUCCGGUUACUAGUUAGCCAUUUGGCCUUCGAGACAGUCCAGGAACAUAGCAAAUACGCCAUUGUUAGCAAGGCCACAUCAAUCCACGCUGUGGUUUUAGCCAGCAAUAAACCCGCAAAUGAGAAUCUUAAUCUUAAGGUUCUUGAAGAUGAUGAAACGAGGAAAAUUACCAAUCCUCUUGGGAAUGGGAACAAGAAAGCCAGCAAUUUCCAGAAUGUGAUUGAAACCACAAUGGCAAUGAGAGCUCAAACAAAGAAUCCCACGAAUGGGGUUAAUGUUAAUCAUCAGCACCAGCAUAGUCUUUCUGCUGGUGGAUUAGGGUUUAGUCAUAAAGGAAGGGAAUUCGAGGACCCUGCUACCAAGGCUUACAUGAAGGCAAUGUCUGCAAGAGCCCUUUGGCAUCUUGCCAAGGGGAAUUCCUCGAUUUGCCGUAGCAUUACUGAAUCCAGAGCUCUGCUCUGCUUCGCGGUCCUUCUCGAGAAAGGACCCGAAGAUGUGCAGUAUAAUUCAGCUAUGGCAGUGAUGGAGAUCACUGCUGUGGCAGAGAAGGAUCCUGACUUGAGGAGGUCUGCAUUCAAGCCCAAUUCGCCCGCCUGCAAAGCGGUCGUUGAUCAGCUACUCAGGAUCAUCGAGAAGGCAGACUCCGAGAAGGCAGACUCCGAUCUCCUCAUGCCAUGUAUCAUCUCUGUUGGGAAUUUGGCUAGGACCUUUCGAGCCACCGAGACAAGGAUGAUAAGUCCAUUAGUAAAGCUGCUCGACGAGCGAGAAGCAGAGGUGUCUAAAGAAGCCGCCAUCGCUCUAACUAAGUUCGCCAGCAGUGACAAUUAUCUCCGCCUGGAUCACUCCAAGGCGAUCAUAGGCGCUGGUGGCGCUAAACACCUGGUUCAGCUCGUGUACUUUGGAGAGCAGCUCGUUCAGAGCUCUGCUCUGGUUCUGCUCUGCAACAUUGCAAUGCACGUCCCGGAUAGCGAAGAUCUUGCACAAGCCGAGGUGCUGACAGUGCUCGAAUGGGCAUCGAAGCAGGCAAACCUUUGCCACGAUGAGAUGGUGGAGACGUUGUUACACGAAGCCAAAAGCAGGUUGGAACUCUAUCAAUCCAGAGGGUCAAGGGGAUUCCACUGAAUUUACCAAUGUGAAGAAAUUCUAUGGAUGCCCUACUAAUUACAUCUUUCACCAUGCACUCGGGAUACAGAUUGACCAAUCCAAAAAAGUGAUUAUCUCCUCCACCAAGGCUCCGGGCAACGGCAAUAGCACUCUCGAGAUUGUGGGGUAAUACUUUUUUACAUCUUUCACCCCUUCUCCUGCAGUAAUUCAGCAAGUGGUGUCAGUAUGUGGAAACAAGAAUCUGACCCCAAGACAGGAGUACAUCUUGUUCCAUUUAAGAUUCCUCAAGCUGUUAACAGCAGACAGAGGAACUAGGUUCCAAAGCACCUUUGUUGGCUGGAGCACAAGAAGUCCCCAUUCUUGAUUCUUGUGAUGAAAUGCAAAUAAAAAAAUUUAGCAUCUGGACACUGCAACAACACUAAAGUUGCCCAUACACUUUCCUUGUUUUAACUUAUAAGGAAUAAAAUGUCUUAUAAUUAUUACACCUCUGAUUAUUUUCUAACCAGUUUCAGAUUCUUCAUACACCUCUGUUUAGUAUAAUGUUUUGCCUACUUGAUGCUUGGCAAACAACUGUUCUGAUUUUUUACGAGAAAACGUAUCAC